ACGCAAAAAGCAACACUGUUUAUGUAUAUUUGAAGCCUGAAUCCAAAUGUUUCCAGAGUCUUAAUAAUGCACAUAUAAUAACAGCCUUAUUUACGGAACUGUAAAAUACGUAUGAUUUAAUUAAAACAGUAAUUUCCUCCUGCUUAACUGAAUGGCUGGAAAGUGCUCCAGUUUGUCCAGAAAUGUGCAGUCAUAUGUUGAUUUUACACACCUCUCUGUUCUUCCUCCCUGGCAAAUUACCAUGAGCAAAUACCGGGGGUUGAAGGCGCGCUGCGUCCUGAAGGCGACCUCAUUCACGCUCCACUCUCGCAGCUCCUCUGGGUCAGGGAGUAGACGGACUCCCUCCGUCAUUCAGAGGCCUGAAACCAUCCCGCAGUCAGCCAGGGUGGGCACCUGCGAAACGAGACAUGUUUACCAGCCGGACACAGAGGUAAACGAUCGGUUUCCAGACCGAGGAAAAGACAACCUGCACAAGACAGUGAGACAUGUCUUUCAGUGUCCAUUUGAAGAGGAUUUCUAACCUUCCUGGGAAGUAUGACAGGAAGGUGGAGUUGUCGUUUAGAGAUUUUACACACAAAACCAAGAUUCUUCAGUGUGAAAACAUUGCCAUCUUUAAUGAGCACUUCAGAUGGCCGCACUACGGGAAGAUAGUCAAGGACGAGGUGCUCUGCAUCAGUGUGUACAACUGCAGCAAAAUGUUCAGUAACAGGCUGCUAGGUAAGUUGGUGAUCAGUCUGCAGCAUGCAGUCACAGCAGGGAGGUUGGUCCUGAGGGAGCCCCUCACCGACAGCAACUACAGUCUGACUAGUAUUUAUGUGGAGCUGGAGGUGAGGUACCACCCCGUGCAGGGCACGGCAGGAGCGUGGAGCAGUGAAGACUUCCUCAAGGAGGACGAGAGUGAAGAAGAAUCGGAUCUUGUGAUUAAGAACACGGGCUUCCUAGAACCUGGGAAGAACCAGUUGGAUCGAGAGACCAGGUUGCUUGGUCGCAGUCUGCUAAGGAUGAGCAAUGAUGAUGGAGACAACGACGACGAGGAUGACUAUGAUGAUGAUUAUGACUUUUCAGACAUGGACUGCACCAACAUGACAUUCACGCCCAUACUCAGUCGUUGCAGAGCUUUGUCCAAGCGUGAGCUUGCUGCUGCUCCCAAAGUGAAGUCCUUUCAGGUGAAUGUCAACGUGAUUGAGGCUCAGAAACUGGUGGGUGUGAACAUCAACCCAGCGGUCUACAUCACCAUGGGAGAUGAGAAGAAACACACAACCACCCAGAAAUCUACCAACUGUCCAUUCUACAAUGAGAACUUCAUGUUUGAGUUUCAGGAGACGCAAGAUGUACUUUUUGACAAAGUUAUUGAGAUUUCUGUUGUUCACAAAAAAACUCUGGCAUUUUUGAUGACACGCCUCGGCACCUUCAAGAUAGACAUGAGUACUAUCUACCAGCAGCCAGAUCACCGCUUCUACCAGAAAUGGGCUCCGCUCACCGACCCCAAGGACACGCGCUCGGGCGUGAAGGGCUACGUGAAGUGUACCCUGAGCGUGAUAAUGAAGGGAGACUGCAUUGCCAUCGCCAGCCUGCCGCCCGUCGCCAGCCAGAACGACGACGUCGAGAAGAACCUGCUUCUUCCCAAGAGGAUGCCGGUGGAGAGACCUUGGGCCAAAUUCCUCCUGAAGAUCUACCGGGCGGAAGACCUGCCCAGCAUGAACGCUGGCUUCCUCGGCAGCUUCUCCAAGAUGAUGGGAGACAAGAAGGUCUUCAUCGACCCUUACGUGCAGGUCACGUUCGCCGGCCAGCAGGGCGAGACGUCUGUGGAGAGCAACACCAACACCCCUGAGUGGAACGAGCAGAUCUCCUUCAUUGAGCAGUUCCCUCCGCUGGCUCGGCGAAUCAAAAUUCAGGUCCUCGAUGACGCCAACAUCGGCGAGGUGGCUGUGGCCACUCAUUUCCUGGAUCUCCAGCAAAUCUCCAACCCCAGCAGAAAUGGAUUCAAUCCCACGUUCGGCCCAUCGUGGGUGAACCUGUACGGCUCGCCUCAGAACUCUGCCCUGCGGGACAUCCACCGGGACCUGAACGAAGGCCUGAGUGAGGGCAUCUUCUACCGGGGCAGGGUACUGCUCUCGCUGGUGGUGGAGAUCUACUCCUCUCCUACCGCUGCCAUUGCCGUGGACAGCAAGGCCGUCGCUAACGUCAAGAGCACGCUGAACAGACUCACUCUCAAGCGCAAGAGCAGGAAGUCCAAAAAACAGAGGAAGGACAAUGAAGGAGCUCCAGAGCACAGUGGGCCUACCGAGGAUCCGGCGGACUCUGUGUCCGAGGUGCCUCCCGCCGUCACGGUGGAGGUGGAGGAGAUGCACCCACUGCCUGAGAAUUAUACAGGGGAGAAAGAGGAGUUCUUGCUUUUUGCAUCCUUCUUUGAAGUGACCAUGAUGGAUCCGUCCAUCGGCUCCAAAUACGUCACCUUUGAGCUCUCCAUAGGGAACUAUGGCAAAAUGACUGAUGUGGUAGUGAAGUCCAAGAAGAAGGGCACCCAGGAGGAGGUGGCGGAUGACAGGCAGGCUCUCUUAGAAUCCGAGGAUGAGCUGGAGGCAGAAGGACUGCCUGCACUCAGCCCUCAGCACAAGUCCGUGACAGCAGCCCGGAGACCACAGCCCACCGGAUACGACGGGUCAUUUAGCUGCAUUCCUUUGCUACAUGAGAAGCCCUGCGUCUUUGUGUGGAACCGUUUUGAGGAUCACACCUUCCGCUACCACAACUGCAACUGGCUCUCCAAAAUGGCUGACAGACUUGAAUUUGGCACAGAUGAGGUCGAAAUGCUCUUGAAAAGACCAAGAAGUAACGCCAAAGAGCGUUUGAUUGAAGUCAUGCUGGAGUUUGUUUCCACGUGCAAACAGUACAGCGCGAGCCUGGACAGGAAACGGCAGGCACGGCCAAACAACCUGGACAAAUGUCGCAUGGACUACAUCAAGAGGAACAUAAUCAUUCUGGCCAAACAGGCUCUGCGGGUGCAGAGGAGGGUGACCAGGCGCACGGUGCGAGAGAAGCUUUGUGAUGUCAGACGCAUCCUGAAGAGGGUCCACUUCCUGGCGAAAGAGCCCCAGAGCACCCUGCCUGACGUGUUCCUGUGGAUGAUGAGCGGGGACAGGCGGGUGGCGUACACCCGCAUCCCAGCGCACUCCAUCCUCUUCUCUCUGGUGGAGGAAGAACAAGGGAAAGACUGUGGCAAGCUGACCACCGUUUACAUGAAGACUCCUGGGGGGCCACUGGGGGAGAUCUUCGCAAAGCUGGAGGUUUACAUGUGGCUGGGGAUCACCAAGUACUCAAAGAACUGUGUCACCAGCCUGCCUGCUGAGUUCAGACCCAUAUAUGAGGGGGUCGCAUUUGGCACCUCGAUACCCCCAAACAUGCCUCCCACCAAACUAGUAGUGGAAGACAGCCGUUACUUCCAGCUUCGUGCUCACAUCUACCAGGCUCGAGGCAUCAUCGCCGCGGAUGAUAACGGCCUCUCUGACCCUUUUGCUAAGGUCGUCUUCUCCACAGAGUGCCAGGUGACCAAGAUAAUAGAGGAAACUCUCUCCCCAACCUGGUGUGAGUUGCUGCUGUAUGAACAGAUCCUAAUGGAGGGCAGCAAGGAUGAAUUUCGGAAUGACCCUCCAGUGGUCAUCAUCAACUUAUAUGAUUACAACAAGCUGGCCAGUCCGAAGGACCUGGGCCGAGCGUUCGCCGAGCCCGAGCUGAAGUUUGUGGAGGAGCCCUACAAGAAGCCCACUUUGAAAUUCUUCGACAUCAGCAAGGGGAAAAGCAAAGCAGGAGAACUGCUGGCUGCCUUCGAGCUGAUCGAACUGGACUACUCCAGCUUCGGAGAGCCUGUGUUGCCGCUGGACGUGGACCCCAGGGACCUGGAAUACCUGGAGGGGCAGGGAUGCUACGUCAUCCCCGAGGGAGUUCGCCCUGUUCUCAGGAAAUUCCGGAUAGAGGUCCUGUACUGGGGUCUGCGGGACCUGAAACGCGUGAACCUGUUUGAGGUGGAGAAGCCUCAGGUGCGGAUGGAGUGCGCGGGGCAGAUGAUUGAGUCGGAGGAGAUUGAGAACUACAAGCAGAACCCCAACUUCAGCGAGAGUGUCAAGCACUUGGAUGUGGAGCUUCCCGAGCUGGUCUACCUUCAUCCUCCUCUCACCAUCUUCGUCAUGGAGCAGCGGGCAUUUGGCCGGCUGGUCCUGGUUGGCACACACGUGGUGCAGAGUCUCAUGCACUUCGCCCCCAAGGACCUGGAGGAGUGGAAGGACGAGGACGAGGAGGAGCCUGAGGAGAAAAAGCCACAGAAGAAGAGCAACCCUCUGCAGACGGUGAUGAGCAUGGAUCUGAGGGGGCUCCCUCUGAAGGAUAGCAAAAUUCCCAUCAACCCCCUCAACCUGCUCACCGCGCCGCUAAAAAAAGUGACCAAGAAGGUGGAGGAGCUUGAGGAGGAGGAGCCUGAAAAGGAAGAGCUUGAUUGGUGGUCAAAAUAUUACGCAUCACUGGCAGAACUUGAAAAGCAGGAAGAGAACGAUGAGGACAUGGAUGACCCCCAGGAUGGAGAGGGAGGGAACUUCAACAUCGCUGCCCUGGAGGUAGAGGAGGACGAUGCCGUGAUUGUGGAAAUAGAGCCUCCCAAACCCAAGAGGAAGAAAAUCGCCACCUUAAAGCUUUACAAAUCAGAGCUGGAAAAUGAGUUCAAUCAGUUCAUGGAUUGGCUGCACACAUUCCCCCUCUACAAAGGCAAGUCUAACGUCGAAGACGAAGAGGACGACGACAGCGACAGGAUCAUGGGUAAAUACAAGGGGUCAUUUCUGAUUUAUCCCAUCGCAUCUGAUGACGAGGAAGCAGACUUCCAGAUUACUAACGGAAUCCCCAAAAAUACCCCAGUCAAAGUCCUUGUCCGAGUGUACGUGGUGAAGGCCACGAACCUGGCCCCAGUGGAUCCGAACGGGAAGGCCGAUCCCUAUGUGGUGGUGAAUGUGGGACAGCAACAGCAGAGCAGCAAGGAACGCUACAUUCCCAAACAGCUCAACCCCGUGUUCGGAGAGGUUUUCGAGCUCACUGUGUCCUUCCCGCUGGAGACCGAACUCACCCUGUCUGUGUUCGACCACGACCUGAUCGGCUCCGACGACGUCAUCGGCGAGACGCGUGUCGACCUGGAAAACCGCUUCUACAGCUGGCACCGGGCGGGCUGCGGCGUCGCUCUUUACUACGACAAGGAUGGUUAUAACAAGUGGAGAGAUGCCAAGAAACCGUCUACCAUCCUGGCUGAACUCUGCCGCAAGAACGGAAUCCCCUCCCCCGAGUACAGAGAGAUGGAGGUCAAAGUUCUCAACAAAAUAUUCAAGAUCCCAGAAGACGCGUUUCCGGAAGAGCUGCUAAAGAAGAAUAAGAAGACGGAGGAGGAUUUCGCGGAGCUGGAGGAGCACCGCGCGCUGAGCGUGCUCCAGCGCUGGGGCGAGAUGAGGGAGUUCUGCGUGGGCGCGUGCCCCCUGGUGCCCGAGCACGUGGAGGUCCGCUCCCUGCUCCACGAGGACAAACCCGGCAUGCCGCAGGGUUACGUUCACAUGUGGAUCGACAUGUUUCCCGUUGAUGUACCUGCUCCUCCACCCAUCAAUAUCACACCCAGACUGCCUGUCAGCUAUGAACUACGGGUCAUCAUUUGGAACACUGAUGAUGUUGUCCUGGAUGAUGUCAACCCUUUUACAGGAGAGCCAUCGAGUGACAUCUAUGUCAAAGGCUGGAUUAAGGGACUGGAGGACAACAAGCAGGAGACUGACGUGCAUUUUAAUUCGCUGACGGGCGAAGGCAACUUCAACUGGCGCUUUGUCUUCAAAUUUGACUACUUGCCCACGGAGAAGGAGGUCACGUAUAAAAAAAAGGAAUCGAUCUUCUCCCUGGAUGAGACGGAGUUCCGGCAGCCUGCCGUUCUGGUGCUCCAGGUCUGGGACUACGAUCGCAUUGGUUCCAACGACUUCCUGGGUUCCAUCGAGCUACGGCUGAGCGACAUGGUGCGGGCAGCGAAGUCCUCGGAGCAGUGCAGUGUGCAGAUGGCCAAGGACAGGGCCAGCCCACGCUUCUCCAUCUUCCGCAGCAAGCGCAUGAAAGGCUGGUGGCCCCUCAUCAAGCUGAAGAGCCAGGAGGACAUCGAGAGGGAGGAGAGGGAGGCCGAGCAGGAGAAGAAGAACAAGAAGAAGAAAAAGAAGAAACGGAGCAAGCGCAGCAAGAUGAAGCCGGAAGACCUGCAGUUCGUCGACAGCAGUGGGAACACCUUUCUGUUAAUGGGCAAAGUGGAGGCUGAGUUCCAGCUGGUGACAGUAGAGGAAGCUGAGAAGAACCCUGUCGGCAAAGCGCGCAAGGAACCAGAGCCCCUGGAUAAGCCAAAUCGUCCCAAGACGUCCUUCAACUGGUUUGUGAACCCAAUGAAAACCUUUGUGUUCUUCAUCUGGAAGAAAUAUAAGAAGUAUAUCAUUGCUUUGCUGAUCCUGACUAUUUUGGCCCUGUUUCUUUUUCUCAUUCUUUACACCCUGCCCACACACAUCAGUCAGCUUAUUGUCAAUGGCUGAAUGUAUGAGACCAGAGUGGCUCAUCUCUGGUGGACGAAGCAGCAGUACGAAUCGAAGUACACUGAAUAACCUUGUGACUUUUAACAUUGCCUUAUAGAUUGAAGCACUGUGUUUAGAUUCAAAUUCCUCUAGGUUAUUGAUUAAGCUGCUUCUAUUUUAUAGGCAGUGUGAUUUUAAACAACUAUUCAUAAUACGUUUUUGUUCUGACUAAUACUUUAAAUGUUUUCAUAUUUUUAAUUUAAUUAAAGCUUGUCAAAUCAACACUGCAUAAUUGUAAAUAGCAUGCCCCAGGGUUAAAUAAGGCAAUGUAUCAAAGCUUUCUGCUAUAGAGACUGUGUUCAUUAUGAAGACUGAUGCACACAAAACAGUAGUACAAAUGAGCACUUUUUUUUUUCUGGAAAAAGAAAAACAAUAUUUGACUAGGAUGUGUAAUAUCAUUAACCUUCAUUCAGUUUUAUCCUUGUGAAUUAAAAGUAGCAUUUCCCCACUG